AAAGAGAAUGUGAGCGGUUGAACACGCCAUUAGGAGAAACUCUUGUUCAUCCAUCCUAUUUAGAUCGCUGGAGUGAUGAUUUGUCCAAUAUUCCAGAUCUAAGUGAAAAGGACAUUUAUAAUUAUUUUGUGUAUAAAUUAAACACCAAACGUCAGUUGAAGUCGAAGGUCAUGUAUGAGGAUAGACACGUAUACAAUGUGCAGGUAAAUGAGACAGAUGAAAACCAAAGUCACUGUUUUGUGAAAUGUAAAGCUAUUCCUUCAAUGCCAACAACAAAUAAGAAACAGUGUCCAGACUACAAUGUAUGGGUUAUGCUCUCAAAGAUGACUGGAUGUAUAAAUUCCGCAGAAUGUAGUUGCACUGCCGGGGAAGGAGAAGGCUGUAACCAUGUCGCGGCCCUCCUUUAUGCCAUUGCAGACAUAACCGAGAAGAAACGGGAUGGAAAAUUGGCACCCACAUCAAUGAAAUGUACAUGAAGCAAUCCACGGAAGAGGAAACUGACACCUAAAAAGACACAGGACCUUACAUUUAAGACGGUAGUUCAUGGUAAAGAAAGUGUUAGGAAAAAAUUGCCAAUUCCUGUAUAUGACAUUAAAAAGCUAGUAGAUGUUGAAAAGUUCAAAAGUUCAAGGACAAGCUUCUAAGUCUAAAUUCAAAUGCAGGGUGGCUGAAGAACUUUGAGUUAAAAUCAGAUCACAUUUUUUUCCAAAACUCCAUGACAUAAAAUUUAACUAUAGUGAUAAGGUGAAUCUGGAAGGAGUAAUGGAAAGACAAUUCUUUAGUACAUACUUUGACUCAUUGAAAAUUACAUCAAGUGAAUGUGUCAGUAUUGAAUGUCUCACUAGAAAUCAAAGUGGGUCAGAUUUAUGGGCAACUGCGAGAGAAGAGAGGCUAACAGCAUCAAACUUUGGAAUUUGUAAAUUAAAGAAAUGUACAAAACCAGAUGCGACAUUGAAAGACAUUUUGAAUUACAGAACAUUUGAUACUAUCCAUACAAAAUAUGGAAAGAGCCAUGAAAAUGUGGCUAGAAAACAUUAUGAAAGAUUUAUGAGAAAAUCACAUCCUGGACUUACAGUGAAAAAAUGUGGACUGCUAGUGACACCAGAUUAUCCCCAUCUUGGGGCAAGUCCAGAUGGAUAUAUUAACUGUACUCACUGUGAAAGCCACAAUGGUUUACUUGAAAUUAAAUGUCCAUCUUCUUUAAGCUGGAGAAUGAAAACACCAGAAGAGUGUGCAACUGAUUCAAAGUUCUUUUGUGUUUUACGUGAUGGAAAGGUUACUUUGAAACAAACUCACAAUUAUUAUUAUCAGGUUCAAGGGCAACUUGGAAUAAGUGGACGGAAGUGGUGCGAUUUUGUUGUUUGGACAUGUGUUGGAAUAUCAGUGGAAAGAAUCUUUGCUGAUAAGGUAUUUUUCACAAAUCAUAUGGUGCCUCAUUUGAAUGACUUCUAUUUAAAAGCAUUUAUUCCAGAACUCUUCAGUUGUCGUGAUCAACGUGGAAUACCAUUGUAGUUCAAUCAUCAACGAGGACUAGCAUUGUAGUGCAGUGUUCAAUCAUCAACAAGAAGUACAGUUGUAACAAUUUAUACUAUACUUAUAGUUUUCACUGAGAAAUGUCAUAGUGUGUUCAUUGAGGACAGAAAUACAUUUUUAGGAACUUGAACUGUAUUCAAUGAGGAAUAUCAAUAAACUGUUAUGUGUUAAAUGAGGAAUAUCUUUUAAAUGUUUUAUAAUACUGCAUGUUUGUAACUUUGUUUUUCAAUGGAUAAUCAUGGCGUUUAUUUAGUUUAAUAUACACAACUGCUGUUGAUUUAUAAAGAAAUUUCGCUUUAUAUUCCUCUAAAAAUGGUGCUUGCUGUAUUAUAAAUUGGUUAAAAAUAUUUCAGACAGGUUAUAUGGCCGGAUAUAAAGGGUUACAAGUUUGCAAUAUGACCCUCACCUAGCGGCUCGGGUUAUAUUUACAAACAACAGUUUAUAUAGGGCCAUAUAACCUGUCAAAAAUCUUUAUAACUUAUAAUACAACACUGCUGCUGUCACUAUAUAACUAU